UCUUCUCAUAACUGCUCCCACCUUUCACACACGUGCAGUGGCCCGCUCAUUCUGUUCUUCUCUCUUCAUCUCUUUCUGGACGUCUGAGAUUCCUCAAAACCAAAAUGUGGCGUACUGCAGGGGUGUCAUCUGGGGCCUGACCUGUUUUUUCUGCAAUGCACUUGCUGCAAAGGAGGUGGUUUCCUGUUGCUGUUGCCAACACAAAAGGAUCAAAGAUAUGCAACGCCUCCUUUAGCUUGAUAUCACUCCAUUGGUUUCAAAAUGUACUAACUGUUGAUGUGUGCACUUUGACUUUAAAGCUCUUACAUCUCUGUUGUUUUUCACACAUUCUACAUUUGUGUGCUAUCAGGUGAUUUCAGUCAUUUCGACCUUCAUCAGGCCUACAAAUGAAGCAUCUUUUCAAAAAGAAAAAAAAAAAGCAAAUAAUAUGGAUGUUAAUUAAGCUGAUUAAUUAAUAGUAAUGUAUGGCACUCUUCGGGCCUCUCUUUCUUCCCCUUUCUCAGGCAUUAUGAGGCCACUAAUGCCCCUGUGCCUGAGCAUGCUCUGUUUGCUCCUUCCCACCGCUUCUGUCACCAUGGCUGGCUUUAACACAAGCGCCACAAAUGUAAGCAUUGCGAGUAAAGCACCCACCCAUACUGCUGUGGUCAGCACAAAUGCAACUGAGGGACUGUCUUCUUCAGCCUUGCACACUUCUACUGCCUCUGUGACUGCACAACGUGAAAAUAACAGCACGUCUACAAAAGCUACUAUUGCAACGCAUCAAUCAACAGAGACUAUAAAACCACAAAACUCUAAGCAGUCCAGUUUAGGCACAGUGGUGGUAAUAGUGUUCAUCUUGAUGCUCAUCAUCCUUUUGGUCUUCGCGUUCAGAUGGUACAUGCUGAACCCUGCCCGUCGCUCCUUCCGUGGUCUAUGGUAUAGCAUUGUAGAGACCGCACGGUUGGCGUGGAGUACCAUAAGGGGAUGUCUGCAGCGUCCUCAAAAACGAGCAGAGGAGAUAGAGGCGGAUGAGGAGGUGGAGGAGAUGGAGGCAGGAGGAGGAGGAGGGGAGAAUAUGGAGGAAGGCCCAAAGGAAGAAGGAGCAAAGCAGGAGGACAACGACUCUGAUUCAGACAGUUCCUUGGAAGAAUAUUCUAUCGUGGACGCUGCCAACCUGGCGGAGGGCGAGAAGCAGACGGGAGGAGAGGAGGAGGACAGGAAGAGCGCGAAAGAGGAAGGAGGAGAAACAGAGGAGAUGACGUCCGUCACAUUAGAGGACGAUGAGAAGGCAGAGCCGGAGGAGGUGGAUGACCUUACGCCAUUGUAAAAGCUAGGGAUGUGCUGCAGGUUGGGAAAAGGGAUAGCUGCGGGCAGGGAGGGGUCAGUAAAGGGAUUAGUUUAGGAGUUUCGUACAUGUGAACUGUUUUUUUGGUUAUUUUUGUAAAGUUAUUCAAAGUUCUGUAAGCUUGUAAUUAAAGAUUUUUUACCUCUUUUUAAGUCCAAUGAAAACAUCUGUGUAUGUGCCUUACUCAAUAAAAGCUAAUGUUUGAAUUAG